GACCCCAGCAAACGCGUAUGUCACGUGAGCAGCGGCGCCGACGCCCGCGCAGGCGCAGUGGGCCUCUUCCGUGUGCCCGGCAUGGGGACACCGCUCGGUGGUAUGUUCUCUGGGCAGCCACCGGGGCCCCCGCCACCCCCGCCGGGACUCCCGGGCCAGGCUUCGCUUCUUCAGGCAGCGCCAGGCGUUCCUAGACCUUCUAACAGUACGUUGGUGGACGAGUUGGAGUCAUCUUUCGAGGCUUGCUUUGCUUCUCUGGUGAGUCAGGACUAUGUCAAUGGCACUGAUCAGGAAGAAAUCCGAACUGGUGUUGAUCAAUGUAUCCAGAAGUUUCUGGAUAUUGCAAGGCAGACAGAAUGUUUUUUCCUACAAAAAAGAUUACAGUUAUCCGUCCAGAAACCAGAGCAAGUAAUCAAAGAGGACGUCUCGGAACUAAGGAAUGAAUUACAACGGAAGGAUGCGCUGGUCCAGAAGCACCUGACAAAGCUGAGGCAUUGGCAGCAGGUGCUGGAGGACAUCAGUGUGCAGCACAAGAAGCCAGCCGAAAUCCCUCAGGGCUCCUUGGCCUACCUUGAGCAGGCGUCUGCUAAUAUCCCCGCACCUCUGAAGCAGACCUGAGUAAAAGCUGAAGGGGUCUGGGGUAUGAGGCCGCCCUGGACACACAGUUCUGCCAAACAUCCCUUCUUGUGGACAUGGCGUUUUGGAAGAACUUUUUACCAGAGAAUGAGUUAGUUUUAGUUUUAUGUGCCCACUUAAAAUCUUUCCCAAUUUUUAUAAGCUGUUAAUUUUUUGAGUACUUUAUAAAAUGCUUAUAGUUUUGGCAAACCACGUAAAUUUUUUUGUCUUAACAGAGUUUAUUCUGUUAGUGUGAUGACACUUACAAAUUCUUUAUUAUUAUUAUUAUUAUUUGUUGCUUGUUUUUAAACAAAUUUUUGUAUGACUUUUCAGUUAGAUUACUUUAUAUGAUCUGAGGGAGAAAAAUUACAAUAAUUUGAGAGUGUGGGGAUGAGGAUUUGGUUGGAAAUCUUUUAUGAGAAUUACCCUUCAGUGGUAGUGUUGAACAAUAUGUAAACUUGCUGUGUGUCAAGACUUUGAACUACCUCAAGAAGAGGAAUCUAAUGCAAUAAUGUUUGUAAUUCUUCCAGAGCUCUCUGAAUGAGGAUAUUUUGCACAUAUGUAAGAUGAUCAAAAUAUCCUGGGUUAGCUUAGUAAUAUUACAGUAGGAUCCUUAGGUUGAUGCUAAUUUUUAUUUGGGGUAAGUUUGUAUUUUGUGUUGUGUUUAUUUACUUUUUCUUAAGGGGGAGGGGUGUAGUCAGAGCAGUGAUAUGCUGAAUUUUGUUACGUUCUGCCGUAAUGAAUCAGUUUAAGGGGACAGACUGUUCUCAAUAGCAUGACAGUUGGGGCAUAAGUGUGAUAUGAGGGGUUAAAGUUUGCUGUGAUGUCUCCUUUA